AUGUCAGGUCAAGCUAAAACAAAACUUUGGGGUGGUAGAUUUACAGGGCAGACUGACCCACUAAUGCAACUUUACAAUGCCUCUUUACCAUACGAUUAUAGAAUGUACAAGGCCGAUUUGGAAGGCACAAAAGUUUACACCGCUGGUCUAACUAAAUUGGGUCUAAUCACAGAGAGCGAAUUGGCAAAGAUUCACUCUGGUCUUAAGGACAUCGAAAAUGAAUGGGAUGAGGGCAAGUUUGUCCGUCAUGAGAGUGAUGAGGACAUCCACACUGCUAAUGAGAGAAGAUUGGGCGAACUAAUCGGCCGUGACAUAGCUGGUAAAGUUCACACCGGUAGAUCAAGAAAUGACCAAGUUGUCACGGAUAUGAGAAUAUACUGUCGUGAGAUUUUAAAUGAAAAGAUCUUCCCUGCGAUGAAAUCCUUGAUUAAUGUUUUAGUUAACAGAGCUGAGAAGGAGAUAGAUAUCCUGAUGCCUGGUUACACACAUCUACAGAGAGCUCAACCGAUCAGAUGGGCACAUUGGUUAAGCUCCUAUGCUACAUAUUUCACAGAAGACCUUAAGAGACUGGAACAAAUUGCAGAGAGAUUGAACAAGUCACCAUUGGGUUCGGGAGCUCUUGCGGGUCAUCCAUAUGGUAUUGACAGACAAUUCUUGGCCGAAGGACUUGGAUUUAACGGUGUGAUUGGUAACUCUCUGGUAGCUGUUUCUGAUAGAGACUUUGUGGUAGAAUUGAUGUUCUGGGCCACAUUGUUCAUGAACCACGUCUCUCGUUUCUCUGAAGAUUUGAUCAUAUACUCUACUGCUGAGUUUGGCUUCAUCAAGCUGAGUGACGCAUACUCCACAGGCUCCUCGUUGAUGCCACAGAAGAAGAACGCCGACUCCUUGGAACUAUUGAGAGGUAAAUCUGGUAGAGUGUUUGGUGAAUUGAGUGGGUUCCUAAUGAGUUUGAAAGGUAUCCCAUCUACAUACGACAAGGAUAUGCAAGAGGACAAAGAGCCAUUGUUUGACUGUCUAACCACCGUAGAACACUCCAUCCUGAUAGCAGACGGUGUUAUCUCUACUCUAACUGUCAACAAGGAGAAGAUGGAGAACGCGUUGACCAUGGACAUGCUGGCCACCGACCUGGCAGAUUACUUGGUCAGAAAGGGUGUUCCAUUCAGAGAGACACACAGCAUAUCCGGACAAUGUGUCGCCCUGGCCGAAAAGGAGAACUUGUCCGGUAUAGACAAACUAUCCUUAGAGCAAUUCAAGAACAUCGAUCCUCGUUUCGAGCAAGACCUUUACGAGACUUUCAACUUCGAGAUGAGCGUGGAGAGAAGAGAUGCCAUUGGUGGUACUGCAAAGUCCGCUGUGCUCGCUCAAUUAAAGAGCUUGAAGUUAUAA